GGCACAGUGAGAAUGGAGCAUCAUUGUCUCCAGAGGGAGCACGAGAGAGAUCCGUGCGCUGAGCCGGUGGCGUUAUAGACUUGGCUGUCAUUCCAUUCAGAAAGCAGGAAUCAGCCCAGCUGCUCAGCCCUCCUUUUCCCACAGCCGGUGGAUCGAUCCCGUUCGAGCAGCCACUAGGUGGGGGUCAUGCCGCUGUCAGCCGGCUUCCUCCCUCGGCAGAGAAAGCCUCCAUCCACCUGCUGCAUCAGGAUUUAGAAGGGGGGCCACUGGGACAUGGAAGGAUGGGUUUUUGAAAAGGCUGAAAAAGAACACCUGAGAAGGUCUUUCAAAUGGAUGGAAACAUGCUGGCGAUCCAGAAGAGAAACUGGAUGAACCAAGAAAGGUCUAGCCUUCGCUGCGGGCUAAACAGGAGGAGACAGUCCUAGAUGGAUCUGCAUCUUUCAAACCAGGAACAAGUCUUCCACGAAAGCAAAAUGCACACACAUUCCAAACCGCCUCUAUGGCUAUUAAAAAGCUCCUUUGUUACAGAAGAUAAAUUCGCAAGCAGUCUUCCUACUGAGGACUAGCAUCUUUCUAAUGAUCUCCAAGAAGUUCUGAACAUUCUAACUGAUUCAGCCCUCGGAGGCUACAAUCAUGAUCUCGGCCGGUCUCUUUGGAACCACGGCCCAUCUAAACAGUCUGGCGCAGAAAUCUAUUAUCUAUUUCGCAGAGAAUCACACCACGGAAAUUUACACAGGAUCCGCCUUUCCGGCACUUUGUAACGGCACCUACUUUGAACUCAACGGAUCCCGUUUUUGCAACGAGACUCGGGCUUUCACCCUCGUGGACAAAUCGGAGCAGCAGCAGUACGUGAUAGGCCUUUUCCUGUCGUGCCUUUACACGGUAUUCCUCUUUCCCAUCGGCUUUGUGGGGAACAUCCUGAUCUUGGUGGUGAACAUCAGUUUUCGCGAGAAGAUGACAAUCCCCGACCUCUACUUCAUUAACCUGGCGGCGGCCGACCUCAUCCUGGUGGUGGACUCCCUCAUCGAAGUGUUUAACCUGGACGAGAAAUACUACGACAUUACCAUCCUCUGCACCUUCAUGUCCUUGUUUCUGCAAAUCAAUAUGUACAGCAGCAUCUUCUUCCUCACCUGGAUGAGCUUCGACAGGUACAUCGCCCUGGCCAAAGUCAUGAAGUCCAACCUCUUCCGCACCAUGGAGCACGCCAGGCUCAGCUGCGGCCUUAUCUGGUUGGGCUCCAUCUCGGCGGCCUUGGUGCCCUUCACGGCCGUCCAUCUGCAACACUCGGGGGAGAUACACUUCUGUUUUGCGGACGUGGCGGAAAUCCAGUGGUUAGAAAUCACGGUGGGCUUUAUCAUCCCGUUCGCUAUCAUCGGCCUCUGCUAUUCGUUGAUUGCCCGGGUGCUGAUCAGCGCCCACAGACAUCGAAGCUUGCGCCUUCGCCGUCAGAAAGCCCUGCGCAUGAUUUUCGUGGUGGUCCUGGUCUUCUUCAUUUGCUGGCUGCCGGAAAACGUCUUUAUCAGCGUGCAGCUUCUCCAGAAGACCGAAGAGUCUUCCUCCAGAGGCUGGUCUUUCAGACAUAAUUACCCCUUAACGGGGCACAUAGUAAACCUUGCUGCCUUCUCCAACAGUUGUUUGAACCCGCUGAUCUACAGUUUCCUAGGCGAGACUUUCAGGGACAAACUAAAGCUGUACAUUGAGCAAAAGACCAAAGUCUCCAUCAUGAACCGCCUUUGCCACGCGACCCUGAAAUCGGUCAUUUCUGACAGUACUGAACAAUCGGAAGUUUAGGCUAGCCUGUAGCACAAAGUUUAGGCUAGCCUGUAGCUGCUCCUUCCUGCUUCUUACUAACAGAAAAAAUGUGCGUUUUGCCCUGUUCAUUGUGUUUUUAUAAGAACAUGUAAAAUGUGAUGUGGUACUUGGGACUGCUUUAAUUACAGAGGAGAAUAAAAGCUUCGUCCAAAGGUCAGUUGCAUUUAUAUAGGCAAGGAAUCUGACAAUUACUUAUGGAAAAAUGUAACUAUAACACAAUUCUUGAAUAUUGUUACCUACCUGAUCUAUGUUAGAUGCCCUAGAAAAUAUAAUAAAACUGCAGCGACACUGGGAAAAAUUCAAUAGAAGGUAUUGAUAGAAGGAUGCAAACAAGUCAGUGGUUUUCCAUUCGUAUACAUCAUCUUGCAAACUCAGUUAAGGAAACAGCUAUCAUGUUCAACACAUGAUUCGAUCUGAGACAGAUGUAUUCUGUGACAUAAACUGAAUUAAGGGGACCAGAAAAGCAAUCCAGGUUUAGAGUAGAGUCCUCCCCUGCUGUUAUUUUUAGAAGGGGUUAGCCAAUUUGUUUUGGAUUUCCAAUGCUCCUUUCUGGAUGUGAAUCAGUUUGUAAACUAAGUAAGAUAACUGUUUCUGACAUGCAUCAAGGCAUCCAUAGGUAUCCCAAUACACGUGACAUUUCCUGGUUUAGUAGCUGUGUUGUAAGUAGAGGGGAGACAGAUGGACCUGAAACACAUUUUGGAUCUACACAUGGAGGUUUAUAAUUGACAUUCCAGAAGAUACACAGAACACAGAGUAAUAGAUUUGGAUAGGACCCUGGAGGUCAUCUAGUCCAAUCCCCUGCUCAGGCAGGAAACUCUAAACCAUUUCAGACAAAUAGUUGUCCAAUCUCUUCUUAAAAGCCUCCAGUGAUGGAGCACCCACAAUUUCUGGAGGCAAUCAGUUCCACUGGUUGAUUGCCCUCACCCUGUGAACAAGCUCACAGACCAAAAGGCCAGUACUACAUCCGGCUUCCUCUAACAUAUUUUAAAGUAUUCUUUACACAGCAUUAGGAAUCCAACAGAUUCUGAUGUAGCAAACGCAUAUUUGAAUUGCUUCCUUCUGGCUACUCUGUUGAAGAGCUGGAAUUAAGGAGAAAAGGAAAUCUUAAUGGAUCCUUGUUUAAAACACUCAACUGGUUCCUUCAACAUCCUCUUAUUUGUCACUGAGGGACUGCAAGGAUAUAAUUUGGAUAUUUGAACAAAGUAUGAUCAUUUAUUAAGCAGCUGCUAUUUCUUGCAAGGAAGACACUGAGCUAAAGCUGGUCUGAAAAUCUUAGGAAAAGGUUUACAAAAAGGAAUUAAAUACUUGGUGAAGAAUUAGAGUCACUUGGGUUACAUGUGUGUCAGCUGUUAUGAACCACUCUUUCAUAGGUGUUUUUUUUAAUACUCAGCAUUUACUCAUAGACUUCACACACACUUUUAAAUUCACAGCCUCUACUUUAGAAUCAGCUCUGAGCUCUCAUUGCCUAGAACGAAGAGAUAAUCUCCCAUCUAACCUCAUCUUUAGAUGAAAAGCGAAAAGUCAACGAGAACUCACUUGGUGAGAAGCUACUG